AAGACAAAACUACUAUACUAAAUAGUCGUUUCACAUGCUAUAAAAUCAAAACAAAAAGAAGAGCAAACAAAAACGUCGUUUAGGGCAGAAGAGUUCCGUCUUGAUUUUUGCGCUUCGUUUGAGAGAGGGAGGGAACUACGAUUUUCGAGGAAUUUUAGCGGCUAAACUAACUGUAUUUUUUCCCAAAGGUCUCGGAUUAACAGUUCCUCUCACUCUUCUUCAAAUUGCAUACAAAGAUCAGAGUAGUGCUGAGACGUAAAACUCAAUUUCGCAGACAUUGACUUUCAAUUUUGGUGAUGUUGUCCAAAGUUGAAUCUGGGGAAAACAAUGGGGGGUCUAGUAGUGGUAGGUUAUUGCGUGACAUUGAGGAAAUAAGCAAAGCUCUUUAUCUGCAUAACAUCCCUCCAAAGGCUUUGAUUUCACCAUCCACUCAUCGGGCCAAGUCCACUGGUAAAGCACGUUCAUCGGAAUCAAAAUCUAAAAUUUACAACGAUGACUUGUUGCACAAGGACAAGAAAUCAUCACUAUGGAACUGGAAGCCCUUAAAGGCUCUCGCUCACAUUAAGAAUCGCCGGUUCAGUUGUUCUUUCUUUCUCCAUGUACACACCAUUGAAGGGUUACCAGCAAAUUUCAAUGACAUUUGUUUAUGUGUUCAAUGGAAAAGGAAGGAUGAGGUGUUGCGAACACGCCCAGCUCGGGUUUGUCAGGGGAUGGUUGAAUUUGAAGAGACUUUGAUGCAUCGAUGUUCAGUAUAUAGCAGUAAAAAUGGGCCCCACCGUUCGGCAAAGUAUGAGCCUAAGCUUUUUUGGCUUUAUGCUUCUGUGAUUGGAGCUCCUGGGCUUGAUAUUGGGAAGCACUGGAUUGAUCUUACAAGGUUGCUUCCACUUACUUUGGAAGAGUUGGAAGAGGAGAAGAGCUCAGGAAAGUGGACGACAAGCUUUAAGCUCACAGGCAAGGCUAAAGGCGCUAUGCUGAAUGUUAGUUUUGGGUUUUCGGUGAUGGGAGAUAAUUCAUAUGAAUCAAGAACUAACAUGGCUUUUCCUAAGCGUUUGAAGGAGCAUAGGGAGAGUACAAUGGAUCAUUUUGUAGAUAUUAGUCAGAGUAGUAGUAAUGGCAUGCUUCGGAAGGUUGGGAGUGUUCCAAAUAAUUCAAACCAAGUGUCCUACCCUCUAUCCCAAUUUUCAGAUACGAAAAUUCUAAACGAAGUUUUUCCAGAUCAAGGAUUGGAGCUUGCUCGGUCAGUAACUUACUUAUACCAGAAACUUGAUGAGGCAAAGUUGGGUAGUUCACAAGAGUUUGAUUACUUUUUUGAACAUGUAGAUCCCAUCAAACCAGAGCCUUGUUAUUUUCCUGAGUCCCCUCGUAAUGAUAAUGAAAAUGGGAGCGACAAUAUUGAGUUUACAAUUAUUGAGCAGGGGAUUGAAUCGUCUAUGAAGGAACAGCUGAAAGUAGAAGGUGCUGCUCAAACUUUUGAUGGUUCUGCAAUUGAAAUUAUUGAUGUGGCUACGAUCUUCCAGGGUGACGUGACGGCUCUUACUGAGGAGACAGGAUGUAAUUCAAGGGAUGAACUCCAUGUUAAUUUCAAAGAUGAGGUCUUGGUGGAUGACAACAGAUGUGAAGAAAAUGACAUGUGUACAAAAGAAUCGACCAUUGAAGAAGUUGAAUCAGUUAUUCAUAACCUGUUUAUGUCAGAAUCAACAGAAUUCGAUACUUCACUAGAUACGAGUGAGUUAAGUGAAGCAGAAAACUACACUAGGACUAAAUCAAGUUAUAAAGCUGGUAGGAUGGUAAAAUCACUUAGCUUGGAUGAUGUUACAGAAUCUGUGGCAAAUGAUUUCCUAAAUAUGUUAGGGAUAGAGCAGAGUCCAUUAUACUCUUCUCAUACUCACCCAGAGCCUGAGUCUCCUAGAGAGCGUCUUUUGAGGCAGUUUGAAGAGGAUACGUUAGCUUCUGGAAACUUCAUUUUUGAUUUUGACACGAUGGAAGAGCAGGUGGAAUUUGGUGGUGCUGCUCCAACUGGAGCUGCUGAAAUGGACCAUAAGAGCUUGAAUGAAUCAUUGAGAAGUAAAAGGAAUGCCAAAAUCCUUGAGAACUUGGAAACUGAAGUUUUGUUACAGGAAUGGGGUCUGAAUGAGAGGGUCUUUCGGAGUUCUUCAAAAUCUAGCUCUGGUGGUUUUGGAAGUCCAGUCUAUCUUCCCCCUGAAGAGCCAUUGGAAUUUCCUCCUCUUGUAAAAGGCUUGGGUCCAAUUGUUCAGACAAAGAAUGGAGGUUAUUUGCGAUCUAUGAGUCCCUCACUUUUCAGAACUGCUAAGAAUGGUUUGAGUUUGAUCAUGCAAGUUUCUGCCCCAGUUGUGCUACCUGCUGCAAUGGGUUCCAGUAUUAUGGAGAUAUUACAGCACUGGGCAACAGUUGGACCUGAAAAGAUGUCUAUGCAGGCAAAUAAAUUAAUGCCACUGGAAGAUGUUACUGGGAAGACGAUGCAACAAGUAACGUGGGAAGUUGCAUCUAUAUUGGAGGUUCCCGAAAGGUUGCACUUUUUGCAGCAGGAAUUAGAAGUUGGGCAAGACUCAUUUGGUAUGAUAAAGAAAAUUGAAGAAUUCCCUUCUGACCGGAAUUAUGAUGACCUCACCUCAAGCUCAAUAUGUAGUGAGAUGGAUUCUGAUUAUGUUUCUCUCAAGGAUCUUGCUCCUUUGGCAAUGGAUAAGAUUGAAGCCCUUUCAAUUGAAGGAUUGAGAAUUCAGUCUGGCAUGUCAGAUGAGGAAGCACCUUCAAGAAUUAGGCCCCAGCCUAUUGCCGAAACCUCAUUUCUUUUAGGCGAGAGUGCCCAGGUUAGUGUGCCUUUCGGUUUAGAAGGAGCUACUGGGUUGCAACCGUUGGAUGUCAAAGGCAAAGACGAUGAUAUUGAUGAAUUAAUUAGCUUAUCUCUAACAUUGGAUGAGUGGAUGAUGCUGGAUGCUGGAGGUUUUGGUGAUGGAGAUGAAAUCGAUGAGCGAACUUCCAAGAUCCUGGCAGCGCACCAUGCUAAAUGUAUGGAUAUAAUUAGUGGAACGUUGACAAUAGACAGCAAAUGGGGCAAACCAUCUGGUACAGAGGGUGGCUUUUUGGGGAACAACUUUACAGUAGCUCUUAUGGUGCAGCUCAGAGAUCCCCUCCGAGACUAUGAAGCAGUUGGUGCUCCAAUGCUUGCUUUGAUUCAGGUGGAGAGGAUUUUCCUUCCUUCAAAACCAAAAGUAUUCUUCACAGGAUCACAAAGAAGCAGCAGUAGGGAAUAUGAUGAUACAUAUGAGCAGUUGAUUAAUGCUGAAGAAAAUGAGGAGAAAAGGGUUGAAGAAGGCGGCAUUCCUCUGUUCAAAAUCACUGAGGUUCAUGUUGCAGGUUUGAAUGCUGAGCCUGGCAUGCAGCAGCUUUGGGGUACCAGAACACAGCAACAGUCGGGGGCUCGCUGGCUUCUAGCUAGCUGCAUAGGUAAGAGUAAGACUAACAAGCAUCCACAUUUGAACUCAAAUGCAAUAGUAAAAUCAUCUUUACAAGUGAUGAGAAGGAAGCAACCUGGGGAUAUUUUGUGGAGCAUCUCCUCCCAUGUUCAAUGUACAAAAGCUAAAUGGAAAGAGUUGGCAACAUUGAAUUUACAUAUAAGAAACCCCGAUGUUAUCUUUUUGAAUGACACUAUGAGGUUCUGAUGACUGUAGGAUGCAAUUUUUAGACUACAUAUUUUGCUAAAUGGGUGUAUACAGGAUAUGGCACUGUAACUUGCUGUAACCAAAGUUAUAUAACACUGCUGAAAUAUGUCAACAUUGUAUAGCGCUGCUUUGGAAUUGGGAUUGUGUUUCUUGAUGGAUGUAAUUUAGUAGCUCUUUGGACUCGAAUCGAUGACGGUGACAGGGUCUAUGGUGCUCAUAUUUGUAUCUACUACGAUGUUAUCAAUAAAAGUUAAUGUCUUAUAUGUUUUA